UUCGAAACGGUUUAGCGGAGAACGGGUGUGUGUAAAAGCUAGCGGCCAUCUCUGCCAGAGUUUUCAGUCGACAGCCAGGAAGCUAGAAGAAGAGUCGCGUGGUUUUCUCGCGCACAGUUUCACAGUUUAUUGUGUGUGUGUGUGUGUCUGUGUCCACACUUUGGCUCGUCUUGUGUCUAAUUUUCGUGUGUGUCUGUGUGUUACCACAAUUUCUGGUGUUUAGUUAUUAUUGUUGUGUGUGUGUAUAUGUGGUGUGCACCAUUGAAAGAAAACGACAUCUGCACGCGAAAGAACAGACAUUUUCCUUUUCUCGUUUGUCUCUUCCGAUUUUUGUUGGAAACAAAAACGAGUGUGUGUGUCAUCGCCACACGGAUAACCCUCGUCGGAUGGUGGUUUUUUUCCUCCUGCCCCCUUCACACACACACACACACACGAAAAAGAAACAAUUGGUUAGUGGGAGAACGGAAAGUGAAUGCCAUUCAAUUGCCGUUAAAGCCACUGGAAAAAAUCGAAAAAAAAGUUUGAAUUUCGUUGGCUAGUGUCACGAUCCCGAUGUUUGUGUGUGAAGUCCGUCAUGAAACGAGGCCAUGUUAGGCUGCUGGUCGGUUGCGACCGCUACUGCAAUAUCUGGUGAUCAUCAGCGUCGUCGAUUAGUGCCGCCGCCGAGUGUCUCGUUGUCGAAAUUGCACGACACAACGUCGUCAUCUGCGAGGAAUAGGCGACGAUUCAUUCCUUGCAAGUGGAGAAGAAGGAGGAGAAAAAUUGUGUGCACCGUUCGUGUGUCAUGGCCAUUACGAUGCAUUCGCACGCUGCAGUCGAGAAAUCGGGUAACAAACCGACGCCCCAAGACGCUUACGCCGCUCUAAGCAACGCCGUCGAUUGCGACUUGUUGACCAGGACGAGCUGGACAGAUGCCCGGCUCGCCCUUCAUCAAAUCAAAAAGGGUAAAGCAUCAGGCAACAAAGCGGCCUUGUGGCUACGAACGAAACUGCAAUGGCAUCUCUUCCACCUGGGCCGAUUCGUUCAACGGCACGCGGGCAAAGUCCUCUUUGUUGGACUGCUCGUCUUGUCCACCUUUUGCGUCGGACUCAAAUCGGCCAGCAUUCAAACGGACGUCGAGAAAUUAUGGGUCGAAGAGGGUGGCCGUUUGGAAAAGGAAUUGGCCUACAUGAGACGGACGCUGGGCGAAGGAGCCGGCUCAACCCAUCAGAUCCUCAUCCAGACGCCGAGUAACGGCCAAGGCGGCUCCUUACUGAGUCGCGACGCGCUGCUGGCCCACCUGCGGGCCGUCCACGCCGCCACCAAAGUCACCGUCGAAAUGUUUGAUACAACGUGGAGAUUAAAAGAUUUGUGCUACUCGCCCAGUUUUCCCAGUUUCGAUAUCCAGUACAUCGAUCAAAUUUUUGAAAAUAUUUUCCCUUGCGCCAUCAUUACGCCGCUCGAUUGCUUCUGGGAGGGCUCCAAGCUGCUCGGACCCGAUUUCCCCGUCACCGUCCCGAUGCUCGGAUCGGGGAUUCGGUGGACCAAUUUGCACCCGCAACGGCUGCUCGAGUCGAUGAAGUCCUUCAAUUUCAACUUUCCCUUCGACACGCUCGACGAUUUCAUGAAAAGGGCCGGAAUUACCAGCGCCUAUCAAGAGAAGCCAUGUCUGGACCCUACAGACCCUGAAUGUCCCUUAUCGGCGCCCAACAAGAACCUCACACAGAGUCCCGACAUUGGCGCCGAACUGACGGGCGGCUGUUACGGCUUCGCAACGAAAUUCAUGCACUGGCCCGAAGAUCUUGUGGUUGGCGGCACUAAAAAGAACAAAACGGGACACAUUGUCAAAGCGGAAGCCUUACAGUCGAUCCUGCAGCUGAUGGGCGAGAAAGAUAUGUACGAAUAUUGGUCGCAGACGUAUCGUGUCCAUAACCUGGAAUGGAGCCAAGAAAAAGCCGCCGACAUUCUACACGCCUGGCAGAGAAAGUUCACUCAGGAGGUUCUACGGCACGCCGCUUCGUCCAACGAAACGAAAAACUACAAGAUGCAUCCGUUUUCAUCGGCCAGUUUGGCCAACAUCAUGACGGAAUUCUCGGAAUUGAGCAUUGUCCGCGUUGCUGUCGGCUACAUCCUGAUGCUGGUCUACGCGGCAGUGUCGCUCGUCAACUGGGCCAACCCGGUGCGUUCGCAAUCGGGACUAGGCAUCGCCGGCGUCCUGUUGGUGGCCAUCACCGUAGCUGCCGGACUGGGAUUUUGCGCUCUGAUCGGCAUCGUCUUCAACGCGUCCACCACGCAAAUUGUGCCUUUCCUCGCAUUGGGACUGGGCGUCGACAACAUGUUCCUGUUGACGCACACGUACGCGCACAGCUGGGACCAACACUACCGACGAUACGGCGAUCACACGGGCGAGAUUUUGAAACGGUCGGGCGUCAGCAUUUUGCUGAGUUCGGUCAGCAACGCGUGCGCCUUCUUCGCAGCCGCCAUUAUUCCCAUCCCGGCUCUGAGGGCGUUCUCGUUGCAGGCCGGAAUCUUAGUGCUCUUCAAUCUGGCCACGUUGCUGCUCGUUUUCCCGGCUAUCAUGAGCCUGGACAUGAAACGCAGGGUUGCCAAUCGCGUCGAUUUGCUCUGCUGUUUGGCCGGAGUCGUUUCGCUCGGCUCUUCCGACUGCGAGGCGGACGCUCCGAAAGUCACGUCCGUCCAGCCGGCCGCCCCUGUCGAAUUGAAGAAGAUGGACCGAUGUGGCAAAGCUGCGCCCGGCUGUUCGACGCCGACGCUGACCAAGAAAGCGCCCGUCACCAUCAGCUCCGCGGUCCAGCAGGGCAAUGUGGCAGCUGGCGAUUGCGAGGCGGAUCCGGCCUUGGACCCCCUGAUCCACGGCGUGGCGCCCACUGCAGCUGUCGAGUGCCAGACUUGGACGCUGUCCAAAUUUGCCCGCCACUCCUACGGCCGUCUGCUGCUCAAAACGCCCGUCAAGGUGCUCGGCAUGGUUGCCUUCAUCGUCCUGCUGGCGGCCAGCGUCUGGGGCAUGAGCAAGGUCAAGAACGGACUCGACUUGACGGACAUUGUGCCCCACCAGACGUCCGAGUACUCCUUCCUGGCGGCGCACGACAAAUACUUUGGAUUCUACAACAUGUACGCCGUCACGCAGGGCAAUUUCGAGUACCCCAACAAUCAGCGUCUGCUCUACGAGUAUCACGACGCGUUCACGCGCGUCUCCACCAUCAUCAAGAACGACGACGGCGGACUGCCCGAAUUCUGGCUCAGCCUCUUCAGAGACUGGCUCAUCGGCCUGCAGAGGGCCUUCGAUCGCGACCAAGCGUCCGGCUGCAUCAACCAGGAGCGCUGGUUCGCCAACGCGUCCGACGAUGCCAUUCUCGCCUACAAGCUGCUCGUUCAAACUGGCCACGUUGACAAUCCCAUCGACAAGUCUCUGGUCGGUCAAGUCAGGCUGGUCGACGGCGAUGGCAUCAUCAACCCCAAGGCUUUCUACAAUUACUUGACGGCCUGGGUGACGAACGACGCGCUGGCCUACAGCGCGUCGCAGACGUCGUUGAGGCCCCAGCCGCGCCAGUGGUACCACAACGCCGGCGACGUGGAGCUGAAGAUACCCAAAUCGCAGCCCAUCAUCUAUGCGCAGUUGCCGUUCUACCUGAACAAUCUCGGAUCGACGGAGGAGAUCACGGACAUGAUCGAACAGGUUCGCGGCAUUUGCAAGAAAUUCGAAGAUCGAGGAUUGCCCAACUUCCCGGCCGGCAUUCCGUUCACCUUCUGGGAGCAGUACCUCAAAUUGCGUUUCUUCCUGUUCCUGGCGUUGGCCUGCGUCCUCGUCGCCAUUUUCCUCGUCCUGUGCGUCUCGCUGAUGAGCAUCUGGGCGGCGACGGUGGCCGUUUUCGUGCUGGCCGCUAUGGUGCUGCAACUGUUUGGCGUCAUGGGUUUGCUGGGCAUCAAAUUGAGCGCCGCUCCGGCCGUGAUUCUCAUCAUGGCCGUGGGCGUCGGAGUCGAUUUCACCAUCCACAUUUUGGUGGGGUUCGUGACGAGCAUCGGCGCACGGAAUCGACGCACUCAGAUGUCGCUCGAGUUGAUGAUGGCGCCCGUUGUGCACGGCGCCAUUUCCACUCUGCUCAGCAUCGUCAUGUUGGCCUUUUCCGAUUUCGAUUUCAUCGUCAAAUAUUUCUUUUACGUCCUGUCGGCUCUCGUGCUGCUCGGACUCGUCAACGGGCUCUUCUUCUUGCCCAUCUUGCUCUCCAUCGUCGGCCCACCUGCCGAGGUCAUUCCGGCCAAUGGAGAAGAUCGGAUCGCCACUCCUACGCCGAUGCCAUCGCCGUGCAUGGAACGGUGUUCCAGGCGCGGCGGAGAUUCGAGUGGAGCCGGAUUGCGGUCGCAGUCAGAGAGCGGAAGCAACAGCAAUAACAACAACAAUAACAAUAACAACCCGUCGGUGACGUAUGUUCCACGACGCUUGCGUGGCUCUGAUUUGUCCUUAACGACCAUCACCGAAGAACCGCCGUCGUGGACGUCGUCUCACGAAAUUGUCGUCCAGCCCGAAGUUGUGGUCGAGACGACAACGUGCAACGGGAACGGCAAUUGCAACUCUUCCAGUGGUAGUGACUGCAAUUCGAGCAGUAGCAGCAGCAGCAGCAGCAGCGGGUCGUCACCGCCGAUGUCGGUCACGACGACUCACGGCCGCCAACAUUACACCACCAAAGUGACGGCCACGGCCAAAGUCAAGGUGGAAGUCCACGCUCCCAUCUCGCACAGCUCGAUGGAGCCGUCCUAUUACAAACACAGGCGGCGAAGAGACGGUGGCCAAUAGUUUUUAUUUUUGUUUUUGAAAGAGACAAGAAGAAUUGGAUUGGGCAAUGAAAGCAGACGGACAUUUGAAAAAAGAAGCAACAAAAACAUUUCCUCGAUCCUUUUUGGCUCGUCUCUUUACGUUUAUUGUACAGCAGUGGGAAAACACACACGCACUCCCAUUGAAAAACUAAACAAAAGAGAAAGAGAAAAACAAAAAAUCUAUUGGAUAGUGUCCAAUCAACGCGCACGGGCCAGCCAGUGUUUCCUGUACAGCAUAUAAAAAGAAAAAGAAAGAAAAAAGAGAAAAAAAGAAAUGACUCAACAGAUCUGUAUCUAUUUAAUAAUGCCAAUUCUUCUUUUUUUUUUUUUUCUUUGAUUGUCCACAACCUUGUCGUCCAUCAUCAUGAGUCUCUAUUUUCAUGUCACGCUCCUUUCUUUUAUUUUUUGUGGUUCAAAUUUUCUAUUUUUACAAUUUUUACGUUUUUUUUUUUUUUUUUGAAAUCCGAAAUGUUCUUCAGCCAUCGGUGCCAGUUGUUUGUAUUUUGCCUCAUACGAAGUUGAAAAACUCAGGUUAAGGAACAAAGAAAAGAAGAAGAAGAAGAAGAAGAAAAAAACCUUAAAAAAAAAAAUUAUAAUAAUAACAAUUGUAAAAUGGUUCUGACUAUUAAAGGGAGAUGGGACAAGUGUCGCGAGUCCCGUUACGUCUCUUGCAAAGUUUGUGUCGUGAAAACAAAAACGUGCGUGAAACGAGCAUCGCGAGUUGAAGCAUAAUAGCCUCCCUCUUAUUUUUUUUUUAAGCCCCUACUCUUUUUUUUUUUUUUUUUUUAAGGAAAAGCAAAAAAGAAGGAUCAUGUUAAUGUCCAUCGAGCGAUUACCUCAUCCAACUGGAACGCCAAUCCAUCCAAUGAAAUUCUGAUGGAUCUUUUCAUUUUUAAAUUGAUGUUGACGAUCCCUCCAAAUUCACUCCGCCUAUUUUUUGUGUGUGUGUGUUUUGUUUUUUUUAAUUAAAAAAACAAAACAGCAACAACAAGAAAAAAGAAGAAAGAACUAUAAAUAAGAAUAUAUAUAAAUUAUGAGACUCGUCGAAUCGUUGUCCCCCUUCCAAGGCUGCCACCGAAUUCCUUUCGGUUAAUAUACAACAACACAAAAUAACCAACACAACCAAUUGAAAAUUUCAAACUUUUUGUUUUUCAUUUUUUUGUUCGCGAAAUUUCAACCCUCCCCCGCCAAUCGUCAUGCCAAGCGCCGAGCUGUUGUGACAACCAAGAGUAUUACCGUGCUAUUUUUGAAUGAUUUUAUUAAUUAUUAUUAUUUGACAACUUUUUUUUUUUAAAUUUGAAAUCUCCUGCCUGGGUUUUCUCUACACUCCUGCUCAAUUGUUUUAUUUCUUUUAUCGAUUUUUUUUUAUCGCAUUUGUCUUUAUAUGAAUGAAAUCUGCCUUCUUGACUCGUCCACCUCUUUAUCCCGCUCCCUCGCCCGAUGUUAUAUGAAGUGUUGUAAAGAAAGAAAAAACGUCAAAGAGCAAAACCAAUUUGUCAACGUUGUGUGUACCGACUGUGUACACACACUUUGAUGGACGAUCAAGGCGUCAUUAUUGCGACCCCUGUUUACUCAAAAUAAAACACAAAAGUGCAUGUGGUGUGUGUGUGUGUGUGUCAAUGAAUGUCUUGGUGUGUCUGUGACGUGUACUUGUUUUUAUGCCUGUCAUUUGUGGUGUACAGUCUGACAUUUGAUUCGAGAGUCGAAAGAAACAAGAGAAAAGAAAAGAAAUCCA